GCCGAACUGAAGCCGGUGAUAUCACGUGACCAGGUUUCAUUUUCAGUUGUUGUUGUUGUCAAGAUGUCGGACAGUGAAGGAAGCAGCACGUUGUCCAGUUCGAAACGGCCCAGACAUUCUUUGUCUCAGGAUGGAUCUGGCGAUGACAAUGAUGACAUGUCCAGUACAACCAGUGCCACAAUAGAUGAUACAAUUCCAAGUGAGACACCACCACAGAACAAUACUCGGCGCUAUGGACGAGGAAAGAAUCGGUUUCGAAAAUCAAAACUUCAGUAUAAGCUUGUAAAUUAUUUAAAAGAAGAUCAUGGACAACCCAUUUUUGGGGUACAGGUCAAUUACAAUCAUAAGGAAGGAGAACCAAUAAUCUUUGCUACAGUUGGUAGCAACAGGGUUGGCAUCUACGAAUGUCACGAGAAUGGUAAAAUCAAACUUCUACAAGCCUACGCUGACCCUUCUACAGAGGAAAACUUCUAUUGUUGUGCUUGGACAUUUGAUGAUGUGACAGGUCAACCAUUGUUGGCCACAGGUGGGAUGAGAGGCAUUAUAAGAAUAAUAAGUCCUGUCUCCAUGCAAUGCAUCAAGAAUUUUAUAGGGCAUGGCAAUGCUGUCAAUGAACUGCGAUUCCACCCCAAAUACCCUAACAUGAUGUUAUCUGUGAGUAAAGAUCAUGCUUUACGAAUAUGGAACAUCAAAACAGAUAUAUGUGUAGCAAUUUUUGGUGGAGUUGAUGGUCACCGAGAUGAAGUUCUAAGUGCAGACUUCAACAUUGAUGGCAGUUUCAUUGUGUCUUGUGGCAUGGACCAUUCCUUGAAAAUUUGGAACUUGAAGACAGACGCUAUCAUCAAAGCAAUGAAAGAUUCCUACACAUACAACAGUACCAAAAACAACAGACCAUUCCCCACAGUAUCCAACCAUUAUCCAGAUUUCUCCACCCGUGACAUCCACAGAAAUUACGUGGAUUGUGUUCGUUGGCUUGGACGUUUUAUUUUAUCGAAGUCAUGUGAAAACUGUAUUGUCUGUUGGAAACCUGGUCACCUCAACCAAACCGAUCUAAAGCAUUCAGAUUCCACAACAACCAUCUUACACAGAUUCGAAUACCGUGAGUGUGAUAUCUGGUAUAUGAGGUUCUCUAUGGAUUAUUGGCAAAAGGUUAUGGCACUUGGUAAUCAAGUUGGUCGGCUGUUUGUAUGGGACAUGGAUGUGGAUGACCCUACAAUGUCCAGGUGCACUGUUCUGAUAAACAGUAAAUGUUCAACAGCGAUACGACAGACUGCGUUUAGUCGUGAUGGCAGCAUCCUUCUCUCUGUUUGUGACGACGGCACAAUAUGGCGCUGGGACCGGGUGAAAUAGGAAACUCCAUCAAAUGUUUCUACUCCAUCACAUCCAUCCAUUUCUCUCUCCCCUUCUCAACCUUUUUCUCUCAUACUUCACCUUCUCUCUCUCUCUCCCCACCCACCAUCAACAGUGUGCCUGCAAUAAUGUCCACUGCCAGAUAUCUCUACAAAAUAACUGACACAUUUCACUAUUUCACUUUCAAACUGAUUGAAUGCAUUUUUUCUUUUUUUUAAAAAAAAGGAGUAUAACCCUUCUUAACUAA